AUGGCGAAGCUCACUUUCCUAGUCCUCACUCUCGACGAUGAGUGGAGUGCCAACCACGCCGACGAGAUCCGCGCCCUCGGUCUUGAUGAUGACGCCGCUGCCGUCCUGCAACACCUCGCAGCUCCGGCAGACUGGAACGGCCCGGGCGUCAUGUCGCCUGCCCCGGCCACGCUUGGUUUCAAGGGCAAGAGCGCGGUAAGGAGAACCGCGUCCGCACUCGUCCAGCACGCGGGAGCGACACAAGUCUCCCUCGCUCCCCUGCAGCUCCGUCUCCCCGACCUCGACGGGGCGAGGAGUGCCUUUGUCGGUGUCACGGGCAUGUCCAUGGACACGUGGCGCAACUAA